AUGUAUGUAAAGAGUUAGGAGUUUAAUUUUUAACCAUUUUUUAUUGAUGUUUCUUUCUGAACAACUGACCUAUGUACUUAUGAUAUGAAACUGACAAUUUCUAACUGAAAUACAUGUUUUGAGAAAAAGGGGAACACAUGGAAAGUAAAUCCAUACAUUGCAAUAUGAGACAAUUUAGCAAAAGGAACAAAGUGAGAAAAGAUAUUUUAUUACAUGCCACCUACUUUGUCUCUCAGACCAAAAUUGACUAUGAAGGGGUAGCUGGGAGUCAGCCAACUGCUUAAUGAUGCAUCUACCACUCCCAGAUGACUAUAAGCCAAUUCUCACAAACUUGGCUGAAAACCAAGAAAGUAAUUCACAUGAAUAAACAAAUCAACAGGCAGGACAAGUGGUGGUGCCCUGUAUACACAUUUCCUACAGUGAAAGAUCUAUUUUCUGAAACUAAAGAGAAAGCUUGGAGAACAAGAAAUUUAUUGUGUACGACAAUGAAUUCUGAAUUUGACUAUUAUGAAAAGUUUGAAGAAGUCCAUGGGAUUCUAAUGUAUAAAGAAUUUGCCAAAUAUUGGGAUAAUGUAGAAACAUUCCAGGCAAGACCAGAUGAUGUUGUCAUUGCCACCUAUCCUAAAUCUGGCACAACCUGGGUUUGUGAAAUUGUGUAUAUGAUCUAUAAAGAAGGUGAUGUGGAAAAGUGCAAAGAAGAUGCAAUUUUUAAUCGAAUACCUUUCCUGGAAUGCAGAAAUGAAAGCAUGAUGAAUGGAGUAAAACAAUUAGAAGAGAUGAAUUCUCCUAGAAUUGUGAAGACUCAUUUGCCACCUGAACUUCUUCCAGCUUCAUUUUGGGAAAAGAAUUGUAAGAUGAUCUAUCUUUGCCGGAAUGCAAAGGAUGUGGCUGUUUCCUUUUAUUAUUUUUUUCUAAUGGUGGCCGGUCAUCCAAAUCCUGGAUCCUUUCCAGAGUUUGUGGAGAAAUUCAUGCAAGGACAGGUUCCUUAUGGUUCCUGGUAUAAACAUGUAAAAUCUUGGUGGGAAAAGGGAAAGAGUCCACGUGUACUAUUUCUUUUUUAUGAAGACCUGAAAGAGGAUAUCAGAAAAGAGGUGAUAAAAUUGAUACAUUUCCUAGAGAGGAAGCCAUCAGAGGAACUGGUGGACAAGAUUAUACGUCAUACUUCAUUCCAGGAGAUGAAGAACAAUCCAUCCACAAAUUACACAACUCUUCCAGACGAAAUAAUGAACCAGAAAGUGUCGCCCUUCAUGAGAAAGGGAAUUAUAGGGGACUGGAAAAAUCACUUUACAGUAGCCUUGAAUGAAAAAUUUGAUAAAAAUUAUGAGCAGCAAAUGAAGGAAUCUACACUGAAAUUUCGAACUGAGAUCUAAGAAGGCCUUUCUUAAUAUAUAUGAUUAAAUAUUUCAUUUUAUUAUUCUUCACUUUUUCUUAUUUUGGAUUGCUAUAAAAUACAUAAUCAUGGUUAUGUUGACAUUUUCUUCUUAAAUUUUUGUUUAACAAUUUUUUUUUUUUUUUUUUUUUUUUGAGACAGAGACUCAUGCUGUUGCCCAGGCUAGAGUACAGUGGCACAAUCAUGGCUUGUUACAGCCUGGAUCUCCUUGACUCAAAUGAUCCUCUCAUCUCAGCCUCCCAAGUAGCUAGAACUACAGGCAUGUAUAUGUAUGCUUGGCUAUUUUUUUAAAGUUUUUUUCUAGAGAUGAGGUCUUACUAUAUUGUUCAGGCUGGUCUUGAAUUCCUGGGCUCAAGCCUCCCAAGUAGUUGCAGCAUCAGGCCCACAUCACCAUGCUCAACUAAUUUUUAUUUAUUAUUAUUUUUUGUAUAGAUAGAGGCUUGUUAUAUUGCCCAGGCUUGUCUCAAACCCUUGAGCUCAAGUGAUCCUCCCACACAAGCCGCCCAAAAUGUUGGGAUUACAGGGAUGAUCCAUCAUGCCUGGCCCAGGUUACAUGUUUAUUGAGCUGUACAUAUAUACAAAAAAUAAGAAACUUUUUUCCCCACUAUCAUCUCUUAAAUUUUAUUUCUUUUUCUUUUGCUUCCUCUUCUUUUCUACUUUUUAUAAAUAUUAUGCACAAUUAUAACCUAUGAGAAUAAUGUUGUAACACAGAUGAUUCAUCUUGUUAGAGCUGUAUUAAAAAUAAACAAGCAUUUCAAAUUA